AUGGACCACUCGGGUCCCCCGGAGGUGAAUGUUGAGCAGAUGCGACACCCGUACAAGGACAAGCGCCAGGCGUUCACGGAGGACCAGCUGGUGGCACGCGAGCCGUUCGGCCAGUUCCGCGACUGGUUCAACCAGGCCUGCGCCACGCCGGCCAUCCUCGAGCCCAACGCCAUGUGUCUGUCCACUGCGACCGCCGACGGCCGGCCCUCGGCGCGCUUCGUCCUGCUCAAGGGCUUCGGCCACGACGGGUUCCGCUUCUUUACCAACUACGAGAGCCGUAAGGCGGCCGAGCUGGACUCCAACCCGCGCGCGGCGCUGACCUUCUACUGGGAGGCGCUGAACCGCAGUGUGCGCGUGGAGGGCUCCGUCAGCCGGCUCCCCGAGGACGUCUCCGAGCAGUACUUCCACUCGCGGCCCAUCUCGAGUCAGAUCGGCGCCGCCCUCUGCCGCCAGAGCGUGGUCAUCCCCGGCCGACAGAUGCUGGAGCAGCGCGAGGAGGAGCUGGCGCGGCGGCACGCCGACGGCAGCCCCGUGCCGCGACCCAACUGGGGCGGCUACAUCGUGCGGCCGCACACCGUCGAGUUCUGGCAGGGACAGUCGAACCGCGUCCACGACCGCAUCCGCUUCCGACGCGUCGACGAGAACGGGGAGAGCGCAGAGAACGGAGAGAGCGAGGAGAAUGGGAGCAGCAGCGAGGACGGGUCCUACGUGCACAAAGGAGAAGACGGCUGGGUAUACGAGCGCCUCGCCCCCUGAGUCUGUCCUUGUUUGAAGAACGACUGCCGCACAGGUAAGGCGAUCUGAAGGAAGUGCGUGAGGCUACUGUAUCUGUCCUGUACGCAAGGAUGUAACUAUGUCUUACAUGAUGUGGAUAUUCCUGGCGCUUUCCGAGUCACUACGGGGCCCUUUGUGGUGUUAGGGAUGGUGCUGGUGCCUGCUCGACUAUGGUGGUGGUGAUUGUUGUGGUGACGGUAAUGGCUGACAGUAUCUGCACACAGGGGAUAUACCUACUUCAUAUGGCUGACAAAUAACUGGCUUCUGCGUAUCUGUCUCCGUGUCAUCGCUAUUUCGGGCGGUUGUAUAUCAGGAACAAGGUGGCGAUCCUAACUUUGAAUAACAGUCAUUGAUUGACUCUGCAUUAAUAGCCAUUUAACCGUGCCAUUUAUGUGUUACCGUAGCUCUUGUGACAAUACAAGUAAGCUCGAUCAGUCGUCACUAACAAAGUAUUACAGUACUUUUUGAAAAUAACCGAGCUGGACUCAACCGCAAAUGGCGUUGAGCACCUAUCAAUAGUGUUUCCAGUAGCUGACACUCGUACAUACGCCAAAUGUUAGCCAGCUUUUCCCGAUAAGGCACGUUGUAUGUCGGCAAGUCCGCAUUCGGUGCCUGAGUGUUGUGGGCUGUUCAAAGGUGUGUCAAAUGUCGAUAGAUUCGUACCUCACAAGUUGUCUCCUCUGGAUAGUGGAUGACUUUAUUGUCAGAUAUAUUUUCGAAUAGUCACUGAAAUAUUCAUACCCAGCGAAACUGCUUGUCAGAUCGUAUAUGUGAAAGCAUAAUAAAAACAUUUAGACUGAA